AUGGCGACAAUUGUGUGUCAAGGUUUGCAGUCAUGCCUAGACUCUCAUCUUGUGGAGCCAAGGACACUAAGGCUAAAGUUUUCUGCACCAGUAGCUCAUUACUUCUCCCCAAAUCCUGGAGUUAAAUCUUGGUUUCCAGAGGCUAACUAUAUAGAAGAGCCAAGGGAAGAGAAAUGCCAUUAUGAGGAGCCCUGCAUCAAUAAGCCUGUUGAUGUCCAUGACAAUAACAAGGCCACCUCCAAAACCUCUGAUUUGGGUGGCUGGAGCUUCCUCCAAGCUGUCUCCAAUAUCUCACAGCAAGACCCUCAUAAGGGGGACAAAGAAAUAUCUACUAAGCUGACUGAGAAGAGCUUGGAAUUGUGCACUGAAGACCUGGGCAGUGAGACUGGCACCAUCAUCACAGAAGACAACAUUUUCUCAUCAGAUUCUGAGGCAGAAGCAAGAGGCAAGAAUGUGAUGCCAAGGGAGCAACAAAAAAAGCGGCAAUUUUCGGGUGGAAAGAAGGGUAAUGUUGUUCAUAGCUUUCCACCUCCCUUGACAACGAUAAGCGGCUCGGAUUCUAUCCAGGUUAGACCCCACAGGGAAGAUGGGAGGCUCAUAAUGAAGGCUGUCAUGGCCCCAACUACUCAAUCAUGUUUCCAAGCUGAAAGGAGCAAUGGCCGCCUUCGAUUAUGCUUUUCUAAACACUUUGCUCCCAAUUUUGACUCCGAAGAAAUUGCCGCUCAAGAUGACAAUGAAGGAUGUGAAAAUGACAGGAGUGAGGAAGAAGAAGAAGCAGAACAGCAAGACCAAGAAGUAGUGGGAGAAAAUAAAGAAGAAGAUUUUCUAGAACAUUAG